AUGUCAUCAGACAUCAGGGAGCUCCCCUUGGAGGUAGUUGUAGGACAGGUCGAGGUACUGGAGCCAUCUGCAGCGGUAGACCGAGCGCCGGCGUGGGAGGCCACCAACGGCGUCCAGGAUAUGUCAGCCACUUUAGUUGGUCAGCCGGCCUCCUGGUCCGCCAGUCCAAACCUCACGUCUGCCCUUCAUCGCUUCAAGUUGAUCGGUGCCUUCCCGAGUUACCUGACAAAGAUGCAGCAGUUGGAGGAACUGUACCUCAGGGACAACUCGUUGACAGGAGCCAUACCUCCGGGGAUCUGGGACCUCAAGAACCUGCAGAUCUUGCAAGUGCAGAGAAACAACCUCACUGGCAACGUGGUGAUUGAUGGCUUUGCUGCUCUCAGGUUGAACGGCUCCAUCCCAAUUGACCUCGCCGGCUGUGCCACUCUGGAAGUACUUGAGCUAAACAAUAACCAGCUCUCCGGUCAGAUACCAGCAAAUUUUGGCUAUGGCACGCCACAGCUGCAGAGACUAAACCUGGCGAAUAACCAACUCUCUGGACGGAUCAGUUAA